AUGUCCGCGGUGAAGCCGUGGCUCGAGAAUCUCACCAUUGCUAAGCUACAUCGACUUGCUAUCGCAAUUGGCGCACCAUGCAGCGGCACCAAGGCUGUACGCAUCGAGGGUAUUCGACAUGCAGUGACGAAUGUCGCAAGCAAUGACCGAAGCGACCCCUCUGACUUGAGUCUCUUGAGCAUUGAUAUGGGUAUCAGAAACUUGGCGUUUGCCCAUAUCACAGCGCCACUACAGGCAACAAACUCGGCAGAAUAUCUGCAGUACCAGAAGCCCACAUUGCAAUCAUGGCGUCGCCUAGCAGUAUCCCAGUCACUAUAUGCCACAAGUACAGUGCCCCUAUCGUUCCGCGUCGAAAGUUCAAGCGAGACUUCGGCUUCGAAAGAGUCGUUUGAACCUGCUGACUAUGCAUUGCACGCAUACGAGCUGAUCAACCACAUGCUGCAGACUUAUCAGCCAAAUCAUGUUCUGAUCGAGAGACAAAGGUUUCGCUCUGGCGGCGGGUCGUCGGUUCAAGAAUGGACGAUACGGGUGGGGGUAUUCGAGGGAAUGUUGUACGCGUCUCUUCGGACCAUGAUUGAGGAGCGAAAGAUGCGGUUGAGGGUGGAGCCAAUGCAGCCAUCCCGGGUAAAUCGAUAUUGGCUUGGAGACUUUGUGCGUCCGUCCACCCGUAAGCUGGUCGGACAGGAGGUGAAGAGAGCGAAAAUUCGGCUCGUGGGCAAUAUGCUCCAAGGAGCAGACGCCAACAUCUGCGUGGGAAAAGGGAUGCAACCGAUCGUGGCUGAAUUUGUAUCCGGCUGCAACAAAGUAUCCAAGAGCAAGCCAACAGCAAACGCUGGUAAGGUGAAGCUGGAUGAUCUGGCAGACUCAUUGCUGCAAGGAUUGUCAUGGAUUAAGUGGCAAAAUAACCGGAGACGCAUCGAAGUUCUGGGUCGAGAUGCGAUCGACUUGGAUUCUGGACCCGUGUCAUGA